AAAUGUAGUGUUGCAACAUGUAAAGUGAUAAAAUAGCAUGGCAAAGUAGAGCGCACCAGCUGGCACUCGUGACUGCUUGUCGCGCAUUGUUUUGUUUCUACAGAGUACUCGACAUCAAAUGUCGCCUCACUUAAACUUGAUGUCGCUGCAGAUUCAAUUGAAGCGCCAGCAGAUACUACGCGGACAGAUGAACAAAUAAUCAAAUGAACAAACGAACAAAUGAACAAAUCAACAAAUCAACAGGCAUAUAUACAAAAAGUUGCAGCCACGCUCGUUCGGGGACAUUGCAUCGCGAGCCAAGCACAAAAAACGCGUUGGCUCUCCGACAAGAGCCGCCAACCACAGCAAACAUAUUGCAAAUUAAAAAUUACACCUUGCACUCACUCGGCAAGAAGCCGAGCAAGCGGACAAGCACGUAGACAAAAAAGACAGGACACACAUCAACAUGUAAAAAAUAAUUGGACAUUUUUCAACCAAUGUCUAUGCCAGAUGAGGUGGCCGCUUACCAAUGUAGUUUCCAGUCCGCGUCGCCGACAUGGCUGCCGCCAGCGCAGCGAUAGCAGCGACCGCGGCAGUGGAUUCAUCGUCAUCGGCGAGCUUGCACUCGGCUGUCGACGCGCUGCGCCUGCUGUGCUGCUGCCGGGUCUUGCGUUGGUUCCGCACCUGCUGCACAAUGCGCCGAGCGACUGCCCUGCGCACCAUCACCUCGCGGCGCUGCGUGCGUGUCAUGGCGAUGUGGAAGCUGGAGUGGCCACUGCCAUUGCGGUGCAGCACGUGUGGGCAGCAGCAGCAGACGAUACAGACGAGGCAGACGAUAUAGAUGGCGCAGUGGUGUUGGUGCUGCUAAUGUAGUGACGGUGUGGAUAGACUAGGCCCAUGGUUGGUACUUGCUUUGUGUGUGUAUAGAAUAAGGUUAGUGCUUGUUUGCGUUUUGCGUUCGCCUUUUGUGUUGGUUGAUGCGA